GCCCUCCAUCAUUACUCCGUCUUCAACUGAAAAUUGCCCCUACUUUCCUCACGAUUCCGCCUCCACAACGCCCUUUCAAGCAUGAUAUGAGUUGACGGAGUGACCGGACCCCCUUUGUCGCCAUCCCUAUGCCUCGGCCACCCUUAGACUUGUACCCUGGGCUUCGAACAUGUCUUCCCCCUCUCCGCGGCGAUCGGUCGAGAGCUUUGAAUUUACCUCGCCGGCCUCCCAGCAAAACCAGUUUCCUUUUCCUCCGCAGCAUGAAUGGACUCUCCGGCCGAACUCGACCGGCGGCCGAUACCAGCCACGUCGCAGCUCGACGGCGAGCUCCAUACACUCAAUACACUCCGUGGGAGGAACACUGGAUACCUCAUUCCAGGCGAAGAUGGGUGCGGUGAGGGAGCAGAACCACAACGCUAUUUCAACCUUAUUGCAACCUCCCAUUGUUCGCACGGGCAUGCUGCCGCACACAUCAGCUUCUGUAUUACCUGGACACAAGCCGCCGUCGACCAAAGACAUUCCACCCGUGACACUCACUAACGUACCCCACAUCGAGCCUAGCGCAUUCAGCUCCUAUCUCUCCCAGGUCGGUGGGCUGUAUGAUGCUUUUCAGCGGGCGAAAGCGGAGGUGGACGGGACGGCACCACAGAUAUUCCGACGAGACACUUCGAAGAAGGAUGAAUUUGCGGACGCCCUAGAGCGCGGCUUCCAGGCCGGAUCUCCAGCACCACCUAGGCUCUCUACAUCGGGGCUCUCCCCCGUGAGCUCACCACAAGCUAAACGUCGCUCAAGCGGAUCUAAGCGAGCAUUGCCGACUAUUACACCGCUAUCAACGAUACCCAAUGUAUAUUUUGACGAGAACUUCCAUCUUGAAAACCCGCGGACUUUCGACAUCGUUAGUGAGAGAUCCGAGGUUGUUCGACCUCCUCAGACGAAAACUAGUGACGACAUAAAGGCCGCCAAUGGGUCUUUGGAUGUGCCGCAGCCGCCAGGACGGAAGGCACUGGCAACAAAUGCUAUAUUGCAAGAGAAGCUAUCGUGGUACAUGGACACAGUCGAGGUGCACCUAAUAUCAUCCAUCUCCACCGCGUCGACCUCUUUCUUCGCCGCACUAGGUUCCUUGCGUGAACUCCACUGGGAAGCUUCCGAAUCUGUGGCAAAGAUAAAGACUAUCCGCGAAGAUCUCAGCCGAUUGGAUGAGCAGAUGGCAAUAGGGGGGUUGAAGAUUGUGGAGAUGAAACGACGUCGGGAGAAUCUGAGAAGAUUAACAGAUGCAACAGACCAGCUGCAGGCCGUGGUUCUGGGACUCUCUUACUGCGAUGAAGUGGUUGACAACGGCGCGCUGGAGGUAGCCAUGGCUAGAUUGGACAUAGUCGAACGGCUAAUAUGCGGUACACUAGACAUGACCGACCCGUCGACUACAGCCUGGAUACAGAGUCGUUUACCAUCAACUCCUAUUGACUUGCGAAAUUUGAGGGCGUUGCAUGGGGUAUCAGAAGGCAUACACCAAUUGAAGCUACGCAUAGGGAAAGGGUUCGAAGCACGAUUUCUUGAGACGCUACUUGCAGACUUACGCCAACACAUUAAGAGUGUCUCGAGCCAAGAUACACUCAAACGGUGGAUCACAGCAUCUCAGAGAGCUCGCGGCGAGCAUUCGAGGAUGCAAUCCGUAUUACCGGCCUAUCUCAAGACAGACGCCAGGUUCCGUUCAGACCUUCGCGCCAACUUGGUGGGUCUAAGUGGCUCUAACUUCACCGGUCAGGCCGCUGCAGCUUUCCGAGACGCGAUUGUUCGAGAAAUGAAGGUGUUGAUACGGCACCAUCUUCCGAGUUCAACGGAUGAUGAUGCGGAAUCCAUGACUUCCGUGUCAACAAGGAGUAGCCGGGCGUAUAACCAACAGGAUAAGAACUCAAUACUCGCUCGCAAUCUUCGUGCAAUGGAUCCGGCCGACGCGGAAGAGUUCUUUAUCAAUAUAUUUACCGACAUUGGGGAGGCCUUACGGAGACUUAGCAUACAGGUCAAGGUGCUGCUUGAUGUGACGAGCGGAGUCAGUACACCACCACCAUCGAGCGGUGGUUGGAAAUCCCCGCCUAGGAGUCCUAAUCUUGGUAGCAUUGAUGGCUAUAUGGGUAGCGGUAGAAAUACCCCGGAUCCGAAUAAUCCGAAUGGUCUACAAGAGGAGCUGAUGCAGGCAUUGGAUAUGUCUAGUUUACUCGGACAGGCUGUUGACGCGGCGCAAACACAAGCUACCAAACUUCUUAAGGUCCGAUCCGAAGCCACUACUCACCUUCCCCUUGAUCGGUUCUUACGAUACUUCAACCUUUGCAGGCUCUUUGCAGAUGAAUGCGAAGCGGUAUCUGGGCGCUCUGGGGCUGCUCUCAAGGGCGUGGUGAACAAUCACAUCAUCGACUUCGUGUCAAGAUUUGCGGACAUCGAAAAGCAACAGCUCGCCCAGGCCAUGGACUCAGACCGAUGGGAACCAAAAGACUUUGAACAGACGGACAAUGCUGUAUUAUCGAGGAUUUUACAGGGAAUGACGAAUGAUCACGCCGAAUGGGUAAAAGCAGGAGCACUAUUGAGCGAGAUUCCUCCUACAACGAAUGGCACCGCGACGACUGAAACAAACGGGACAGCGAAGGAGAAACCGAAGAACCCACAUCCAGCGAUUGUUGACGAAGAGAGGUACAUCAUAUCAGAAUCCUCUACCGUCGUGCUACGAGGUAUCGAUCGAUUUGAGACACUGCUCGCUAUUAUUCCAAGCAUGACGUCUGAGGUCUCUGCGUCUCUUUGCGAAUACCUCAAGCUUUUCAACUCGCGGCUUUGCCAGCUUCUCCUUGGCGCUGGCGCCAUGCAUUCUGCGGGACUGAAGAAUAUCAACACAAAAAAUCUUGCCAUCGCAUCCCAGACCUUAAGCUUCAUUAUUGCUAUCCUACCCUACAUCCGUGAAUGCGCUCGGCGGCAUACCUCGGCUGGAAAACCACAGUUAGCAGAGUUCGAUAAUGUCAAGCGGCUCCUGCAUGACCAGCAAACCAACAUCCACGAUAAGUUGAUCGAUAUCAUGAGUAACCGGGCUACGGUUCAUGUCCGGAACUUGAAGAAGAUCGAAUGGGAUAGUGAUACUGAGCGUGACGUCAGUCCCAACAUGGAGAUACUGACAAAGGAGACGGUCACGUUGGACAAGGUCAUCAGCAAGUAUCUGGCUGAGAUAUCGGUUAGGAUGAUCAUGGCCCCAGUCUUUGAGAGUUAUAGAGAACAGGUGGGAAAAGUUUUCAAGGAAGCUACGAUCAAAACGGCUCCUGGCAAAGCAAGACUUCUCCGCGACGCUCAACUCUUUAACUCUCGACUCGGCCAGAUCGACGGCGCUGGCAACACCGGCACGUAUCUCAUCCAGCUCGUAGAAGCAAAGACUCCCCCGAGACCUACGCCCGAGACUAGCCAACCCGAAGAACCUAAAGAAGUCCCUGGGGAUAAGGAACCAAGCAGCGAUGCAACAUAACCUGCAUUUGAAGGAAGAAGGGUUGGGGUGACGUGUAUGUAUGUAUAUUUUGUAUGGGAACUGAGAGCGAAGCAGGCGUUUCAAGAGAAAUGGCGCAUCUGACGGGAAAGGACGGGACUGGAUGAUAUAUGUCGCAUCAAUCGAGGUAUUGGAACUAGGAGAACCGCGUGUGUAUACCAUGGUACCAUCCUUUACCGUGUUGCACAAUGUAGUCUUGG